AGGUUCAGUAUUUUUUUUACUUUAGUUGAAUUGUCCAUUUUUGUUUCAACUUAUUAAAAUAAUGCGAAUUAGAGUUAAGUGUGUUGCAAGAAUGCAUUUGAAAUUCACUGAAUAGUACUGUAUUAAUGAUGUUUAAAUAUCCGGCUAUAGAAAUUAAGUCGGUCGUACAUGAAAAGAGUUAUAAAGAUUCGAAUUCGAUGGGAGUAUCGUGCUCAUAAUAUUCUUUUAACAUCCUAUUGAUUGAUUGCUUACAAUUACAUGAUGGAAGGGGACACUGGUAAUCAUGGAAGCAGAAGCGGCGUUUUACGUUAUUUAUCUUAUAUUACGGUCGAACCCUCUCUCAUUUUUUAUAUGCUUGCCUUUAUGAUCACAAAUGUUGUGGAGCAAUCAUUUUUUGUUUAUAAAGCGUGCCAUGUAAACCAUGGAUAUAACAAGACUGUAUGUGACAAUAUUAAUAAUGAAGACAAAAACAUAACAAAGGAGGUGCAGAUUACAGUAUCAAACUUUCACCUUUGGAAUGAUAUCUUUGGUCACGCAGGCCAAAUCGUUCUGGCGUUUUUCAUGGGCGCUUGGUCAGAUAAACGCGGUCGAAAACUGCCACUACUCUUGGGUUUGACUGGAAAAUUGUACUAUUCCCUCAUGCUAGUUUUAAUUUCGACCCAGGAUAAUUGGCCUGUAGAAUAUAUAAUUUAUAUUGCAACAUUGCCAAUGUCCUUUACAGGUGCCGAUGUAGCGAUAUUUGCAGCUGCAUUCACCUAUUUGGUUGAUAUAACAACGCCGCAAGAAAGAACCAUGAGAGUGACUUUGCUAGAAGUCGGUUACCUGGCGACAUUUCCUAUUGGAAUCGCUUUAGGAUCUUAUCUGUUUAACAAUGUAGUGAAUCAUUCUUAUACAGUCAUGUUUGCCAUAAAUGCUUCUUCAAUGACUCUAGCGGUGCUUUACUCUCUACUUAGACUUAACUGGAGGACUACACCCAGUCAAAAACCAUUGUCGGAAGCAAAUAACAUUUUUUUGGAUUUCUUUGAUUACCGGCAUGUAAUUAACACCAUUAGAACGAUUUGCAAAAAACGCGAAAACAAAAGGAGGAGGAUACUAAUAAUACUUAUUGUUAUGAUGGCUCUUUAUGUGUUUCAAAGAGAUGAACGUAACAUGAUGUAUCUAUAUUGCCAGCUUGUAUUUAAUUGGACUGUUUCACAAUUCAGUAACUUCAGGACAUUCCAGUCGGCGCUUCAGGAUAUUGUACUUUUACUGGCUGUUCCAGUUUUGAGUAGGGUUUUUGGUAUAAAAGAUACUGUAAUAAUAAUGAUUGGAGCUGUGGCCCACUCUGUUGGAAGAAUAUUUUAUAUUACAGCCGAUGCACCUUUGGUGUUUUAUAUUGGAGGUGCAUUUGCAGCUUUUGGGCCAAUUGUUGCACCUGUUAUAAGGUCAAUGAUGUCCAAAAUAAUUUUAUCAUCCGAAAAAGGAAAAGCGUUUUCCAUUCUUGCGGUAGCAGAUAAUGCAGUUCCUCUGGUUUCUGGUGUCCUCUACAGUAAACUGUACAACCUAACAAUUCAUACAAACCCGACUUCAAUUUUUUAUUUGACGAUGGCAUCUCAACUGAUUGUCCUUCUUUUUGUUCUGUAUGUCAGUAUUAUAUAUAGUGAACCGGUGUCAGAUACUGAAUCUGAGGAAACACAGCAAAGAUGUCUGGACCAAGAAGUUGAAGCUUAGAAUGUUUUUUAACUUUCCUUGGUUUUUUGUUGAAUACUUUUUUAGUAAUGUGUGGCAAGUGUAAAUAAUUCUCAAUCAAAACCGUUUUCAGGUAUCGGCCGUUUCGAUUUAACUACCCAGU